AUGUCAGAUCCAUUUGCACAUUUACUGACUUCUUUGAAGAAUAAGGACUCUGCAUCUGCAUCCAAGGAAACAACUCCUCAGAGCAGCAAUUCGCCUUCCAUUACUGGUUCCGCUGUUGCAGAUGUUGCAAGGACGGAUAAAAGCCCCAAUGAUAGUCUGCAUUCAAUUUCAGCUCCUCCGCUGAUACCGUCACCGAAGGUAGAUUUUUCUGCACCUCCUUUGGUCCCAACUAAUAGCACCACUAAAUCUAAUACUGCCAACAACACACCUCCCUCGGCUCUUGCCAAUACCGAUGACGACUUCAAUCAACUAUUUGGUAUGGGCACAGUAACUACAACGGAUACGAUCCAAAAACCGGAUGAGGAUUACUAUGGAAGCAAGGAAGACCACCUUUACAAUGGUGAUGACGCCUUAGUUGAUGAAGUUAAGGAUAUGGAAAUAGCAAGAUUGAUGUCUCUAGGUUUAUCAAUUGAAGAAGCCACUGAGUUUUACGAAAAUGACGUAACUUAUGAAAGAUAUUUGGAGAUUUUAAAGUCAAAGCAAAAGGAGCGCAACGAUCUAGCUAUAAGAAAGAAAGAAAGUGGUAUAAAAAUGGAAAAGUCAGGAUUAUCCAACAUUGUUGGUACAGAUAGCAAUAAUUUAUUCAGCAUGGCCACUGAUUUUUUCAAUAAGGGUAAGAAACUGGUAGACCAAUGGACCUCCUUCCCACCUGAGGCAAAUGAUAGACUGAAUAAUUACUCAAAAACUCAUGAUAAGGUUGAGGAUUAUGAUUUGCCUCAAGUAAACGACUCACCCAAUAGAAUUUUGUUUGAAGAUAAUGAAGUCGUAGAGAACUUACCACCUGCCGAUAAUCCGGAUCAAGAUCUUUUAACUGAUUUCGAAACAAAGAUUGAUAUAACAAAGAGGACAGCGCCUGAUGUCUCCCACUCCUCCUCACCGACUUCUGGUAUACUAAUUGAAGAAAAUUCGCGAAGAAAUGAGCCCCUGAUAGAGGAUAGUCUUCUCGACUUUUCAGAAGGAAAUCUCACCAAUAGUAAAAGCAAUGAAGAUAGCACCCUCUUCAAUGAAAACAGCAACACUGACUCUACAAUACCCAUCUCAGAUAUUGAAUUAUCGGGGUAUAACGAAUUUAAGGCGAAAGGUACUAGUUUGUUCAAGAACGGGGAUUAUAUUAACUCAUUACAAGAAUAUGAAAAGUCUUUAAAUACAUUGCCUUUAAAUCAUCCAUUGAGGAUCAUUGCAUUAUCAAACAUUAUUGCCUCGCAACUGAAAAUCGGUGAGUACUCUAAGUCCAUAGAAAACUCCAGCAUGGCUUUGGAAUUAUUCCCAUCAAGCAAAGCUAAGUGGAAGAAUAAAAUCUCAAAUAGUGACCCUGAAAGAUCAUUUAACGACAUCUGGCCAAAGAUUAUGAUUAGGCGUGCUGAGUCUUUUGAACAUUUAGAAAGUUUCAAAAAAGCACUAGAAACAUACCAAGAGCUGAUUAAGAAGAAUUUUUUUGAUGAUAAAAUCAUGCAGGGAAAAAGAAGAUGCCAAGACUUUAUUAAUCCUCCCCCUGUUAAAAAAUCCAUGCCCGUUAAGAAGAAGACAACGACAACCUCGCCUGCAACAAAAAAACAGAACUUAACCGCUUCUUCUUCAAAUUCUCCAAUUUCUGUUGAUAGCACUUCAGAAAUAAAAAAACGGGAGCUAGAAAACGCUAAACUGGCGCUAUAUGAUAAAGUAUUUGAGAAAAUUAGCUCCUGGAAGGAUGGCAAAGACGAUGACAUUCGUCAUCUGUUAGCAAAUUUAUCCAGCUUACUAACAUGGUGCAAUUGGAAGGAUGUCUCUAUGCAAGAUUUGGUUAUGCCUAAGAGGGUCAAAAUUACAUACAUGAAAGCUGUAGCCAAGACACAUCCUGAUAAGAUACCAGAGUCCUUGUCCCUGGAAAAUAAGAUGAUUGCAGAGAAUAUUUUCAGUACUUUAAGUAUUGCUUGGGAUAAGUUCAAACUGCAGAAUGACAUUAACUGA